AUGACGCUCGUUGAAAAUAAAUGGCGUGAUGAUCGUACAAUGUUUCGUUCCCGUAAUUCAUUCUGGGAUAGCGAUCGUUGGUAUCGUGAUUGGGAUGAUUGGCCAUUGGAUUGGCCUCGACCUGGUGAACUUGUGCGACGCUGGAGAACCGAUUUUAAUCGGGAUGGAUUCUGGGAUUGGCCAUCUGAUUGGCCUCGGAUGGAUGAUGUAAUGCCAAGGUUUUCUUCACGUCUCGAUAGUUUGGAUCGUAAUUGGCGUUCCGAUCCAUUUUGGCGUGAUUUGUAUCCACGUUGGGCAGAACCAAUUUUCAAAGAAGGUAUCGAUAUUCGCACGAAUAUUAUCAACGAUACGUUACGUUUUGUCGUAGAAAUUGACGCAUAUCAAUUUCGACCGGAAGAGAUACAAGUAAAAACCAUAGAUGAUACGUUGCUGAUCGAAGGUCGACAUGAAGACGUUCGUGAUCGUGAUAAUUUCACAAAGAUGUAUUUCGUGCGCAAGUAUCAGUUACCGCUGGACGUAAAUCCUAUGGAUAUUUCAAGCACCAUUGACAGUACAGGUCGUCUAUUUGUUGAAGCAAGGAAGCAGCCGCAAGUACAAGGACGUGAACGUACGAUUCCAAUAGAAGGAUCGUCAAGACGUGGCGAAAUUCGAAUGCAACAAAAUGAUGGCACACGAAGCCAUGAAGAUUCUGGUUCGUAUGGAUCGCGUAUGCAGCAACAAUCAGCACCUAAUCAUCGUUCACACAGCUCAUAUUCUUAUCAGCAUAGUCGGACAACUACUGGUGGCUCACCAACCAGUACUUAUCGUGAACGUAGUGUUCCAAUCACUGAAACCGGAAUAAGUUCGCGAGCUAGCGAAAGAAGAGCUUCCGAAAAAUUUCAUUCCAAUGAAAGACGUGAACGUGAAGAGGAGUACCGAUCCGAAUCCAAAAAUGACUAUUGCAGUCAAUCAUCCAGACAAGAUAGCGGUUUCCAGGAUAGUGGUUCUUUAUCUACCAAACAGGAUGGAGGUCCACGAAAUGGUGAUACAAAUCCCAAUAAUGUCCGUAAUGUGCCAAUUCUUCGAAAAACAUUUAAAUAA